CUGGCCAGUGAUUCGUCAGCUCUCUGUGGGCUAAACGCAUAGGGUCUGCGGCUUAGCAGGCGGCUUUAAAGGGGAGAGCGUACGUGUUUUUAGGAGGAGUUGCAUCAUUCGCAAUACGGCAAUUUAUUCAAAGAGGCUGAAACCUUUGAUCCGCUGACCUCCAGGUGAGCCAUGCCUUCUGUACCACCCACCUCAGAGCCCGCUGCAUCCUGCCCACAUGCCUCACAGGAGUCUGUCGGUUGGGGCAAUGGCGGGGUGGUGGAUGGGGAGCAGGGGGUUGAGGAGAGGGAGUGGAUCCGGCCCGACCUUCCGAGCAACUGCACCUGGAGACUUGGGCUCGCACCCUCUGAGUCUCCACACCCCCAUCCUGAAAGAAAGUCGGCCUCCAGCAUCCUCCCGAACAUCCUGCACAUGAUUGGAAACACACCCCUGGUCCGUAUCAACAAGAUCUCCAAGGCUUUCGGACUCAAGUGUGAACUGCUGGCCAAAUGCGAGUUCUUCAAUGCAGGAGGCAGCGUGAAAGACCGCAUCAGCCUGCGUAUGGUGGAGGAUGCAGAGAGGGCCGGCAUCCUUAAACCCGGGGACACCAUCAUCGAGCCGACGUCUGGCAACACCGGCAUCGGAUUGGCACUGGCUGCUGCCAUCAAAGGUUACCGCUGCAUCAUCGUCAUGCCGGAGAAGAUGAGUAUGGAGAAGGUAGACGUGUUGCGUGCCCUCGGGGCCGAGAUCGUCCGCACUCCCACGAGCGCCCGCUUUGAUUCGCCGGAGUCGCACGUGGGUGUGGCCUGGCGGCUGAAAAACGAGAUCCCCAACUCGCACAUCCUGGAUCAGUACCGUAACCCGAGCAACCCACUGGCGCAUUACGACAACACAGCGGAGGAGAUCCUGGAGCAGUGCGAUGGUAAGUUGGACAUGUUGGUGGCAGGGGCUGGUACUGGGGGGACCAUCACUGGAGUUGCCCGGAAACUCAAAGAGCGCUGCCCCAAUAUCAAGAUCAUCGGUGUGGAUCCCGAGGGUUCCAUUCUGGCUGAGCCUGGGGAACUGAAUAGGACAGACAAAACCCAGUAUGAGGUGGAAGGAAUUGGCUACGACUUCAUCCCUACCGUCCUGGACAGAUCGGUUAUUGACACCUGGUACAAAAGCAACGAUGAGGAGUCAUUCGCCAUGUCCCGCAUGCUCAUCAAAGAUGAGGGGCUUCUGUGUGGGGGCAGUUCAGGCAGCGCCAUGGCUUCAGCUGUGAAGGCCGCCAAAGAGCUGAAGGAGGGUCAGCGCUGUGUGGUCAUUCUGCCGGACUCCAUCCGCAACUACAUGUCCAAGUUCCUAAGUGACAAGUGGAUGUUCCAGAAGGGCUUCCUGAGGGAGGAAGACCUCAUGGUGUCCAAACCCUGGUGGUGGAAUCAGAAGGUGCAAUGUCUGAAUCUGUCUGCCCCACUGACGGUGCUGCCCACGGUGACCUGCCAGAACACCAUCCGUAUCCUGAAGGAGAAGGCUUUUGACCAGGCUCCUGUCGUAGAUGAGGCCGGGACUAUCCUUGGUAUGGUUACCUUGGGCAACAUGCUGUCCUCUGUGCUGGCUGGCAAAGUGAAGGCCGCUGACCCUGUGAGCAAGGUGCUUUACAAGCAGUUCAAACAGAUCUGCCUGACUGACAACCUGGGGAAGCUCUCCCGGAUCCUGGAGAUUGACCACUUUGCUCUGGUGGUCCAUGAGCAGAUCCAGUAUCUGACGGAUGGUUCUCCUUCUCGGAGGCAGAUGGUCUUCGGGGUGGUGACGGCCGUCGACCUGCUGAACUUCAUCACGGCCAGAGAGAAGCGGGAACGUUCUCUGUCAGAGUGCAGUGUCGGCGAUGACCUGUAGGGGGGGAGGGUUUCCCUGGGGGGUGAUGUGGGUGACUGUGGUAGGCAGCGUACUUUUAUUUUAUUGGAUGGUUUGGCCUUUGUUUCUGGUAUGGCUGUAACAUGUUUGGGUGGUAGGAAGAGGGAUAACAGAAUUGUUACCUGGGUGACAUUAUAUGAAGUUGUUUGACCCAGUCACAUAUCAUGUGAAAAUGAAUUUAGCCGAAAUCAAUUUUACCUGCUUGUGUGACCUUGUUUUGAAAACGUCUUCCUCUAAAUCCAAUCCCGCUUCUGUUUCCAUUCUUGGCUUCGUCACAUUUUUAAAAAAAAAAGUUUGUCUGACUUUCAGCUGAUAAUUUGAUCACUUUCUUUUUUUUCCAUGUGUGCUUUUUUUUUUUCCUAAUAGUUUCAAGACCGUGAGAACUCGUCGAAAUCUCUCUAUUAGCCUCUUAUCUGCUCGGCAUGUUCUGCCUGAGAUGGUUUAAAGCUCUUUGAUCUCACAGUUAAUUAGACAGCUACAGAACUAGCAGCUAAGCUGGUCUGAGCUUUCGGUACCAACGUGUCCGAUGGACACUGAUCCCACCUGCAUCACCAGAUAUGACUCCCGUGGCUCUUUCACCUGUAGGGAUUCUCCAAGUUUUCAAUUUCUUGCCAUCCUUCGGCCACUAGGUGGCAAUACACUGCUGCUGUUGACGUAAGAAAGUAUUUAUAGAAACCAUUACUCCCCAUCCUACUGGGGAAACACUGGAGACUGGUUCAGCUGAAACCAGCUCCCAUGAGUACUUGCUUUAAAUUGUACUUUAACUCGGACAAGUGUAUUUGGCUGAGUUUAUAUCAAAGGUCUUUUUUUAUUGCUAUGUUUUUACUUUUUUUGAUUUGAACGAUUUAAAUGACUCUGCGUAUGACUAGCGAAUGGUGAUUUGUAACGUCGAUCAGGCCAAGAUCAUAUCAUGUCCUUGCAUCUUUUUUUUUUUUUUU